GGAAGGUGAUAGUGACCGCCGCGCUGUCUCGUGCCGCCUGAGAGAACUUGUCCCCUGUUUUUGGCUUGACAAUACCUGCUUGUAUCAUACCUUAGACUGGGCUUGAGAAUAAAUUUGUAGUUUUUGUUAUUCACGCGCCACCGCUAGGCGAAAUCUCCAAGGCUUUGACAUCGGCCAUAAAAUAUUCUGCCUUGGGGUAGAAUCGGUAGAAUCGGUGGAAUUCAUCUUUUGUCUAGGAGUGUUUUACAGCGAUUGAUUAUUUGACGGUGAAUAAUAUUGAGUUAUGAGGGCAGGGAGGUGUCCCACAUGGUUAAUUUUGAAUUCUCUCAAUUUUUAUGAGUAAGUUGAGCUCUCAGUGUAGAUUGUCUGUUUCGUUGAGAAAGAAAAGGGAGCUGUGGUGCAUGCAGCUUGCCUGGAUAUACCUUUAGAAUUAAUUAGUAACGUCAAAAAACAAUGACAUGGACGUGCAUUUGAAGGAAGAUUAUUCUUACCAGAUGAAGAUGAACAGGGAGAUGUUCGAGGGCAAGGACUAUCCUACCCAGUGGGCACUUAAUCCCUCGAUGUACCAGAAUAUGAGUAAUGAUCAAGUGGAUUGGGCAGCACUAGCUCAGCAAUGGAUAAAAAUGAAGGAGACAAUAGUUCCUCCAGCGCCACCCCCUCCCUCCCUGAGCAACGAAUCAUCGAACGACGGUGGAGGUGAGGCGCCCAUGGACAUGGACACCAAAGAGGAUGAUGUACCUCCAGCUCCUCCAGCUCCGACCAUCAGUGGUCCUGACAAUUGGAAUUCAUGGAGUCAGUGGGGCCAAUGGAAUGCAGCAGCCCCAGGUGGUGCUUGCUGGGAGUGGAGUGGAGUUCCUCCUCCUGGUGUGACGAUGGGCCCUGAUGGCAAACCAAUGGGUCUUCCGAAUAUUCCCAUUCCCUCAGUUCCUCCUGCACCAUCAAUCACAAGUCGUGGCCACAGCCACAAUUCUCCAUUUCCUUACAAUUCAGUCUCGUCAGCUCCACCUGCUUUCAACUCAAGCGUCCAGGGGUACUGGAGUGCAGACACACAGAAUCCCCCUCCUUUCGUCAAGGGGAUGAGACAGGGCCCAAGGGUGCCUCACCUACGGGGAGAACUCAUGAGAAAUCGAGAUGAAAAGGAGAAAACUCCUGAGGAAGAUACGUCAGCUGUUCUCGAUGCGGCUAAACGUCGACAGCUACCUGCGUGGAUUCGUGAGGGACUGGAGAAGAUGGAGAGGGAGAAGCACAAAGCUGUGGAGAGAGAGAGGCAGGAGAUGCUGAGGAAGCAGGAGCUGGAGGCGAGAAAAAUUGCUGAGGAUGAGGCUAGAGCUGUUCUAAAUCCUACCAAGAGCAAAUUUGAGUCUGACUCGGAUAAGGAGAUCGAGCCGGAGGCUGAGAUUCCUGGCCAAGAGGAGGAUCAUGCCAAUCUGGAUGCCAGUCCUGAUAUUGUCUUAAGGCCGAGGAAGUCGAGAUUUAGAGAUGCUCAGUCUCCGGAGCCUAGGGUUAUGGUUAAUAAAGAAAGCAGCCCUGUGCCCUCAGCAAUUCCAAAUCCUGGGAGGAGAUCUCGUGAGGAAAUCCUUCAGGAUGUUAUGCUGAAGGUGAGGCGUUCGUUAACAGAAAUAUUAUUGGAGGUAACAAACGAGGAAAUAUCGAACGUGUGCAGAGAAGUAUGGAGUCGUUCUCGUGCCAAAGCCCCUGCAGGAGGCACCCCCAUCGCAUCCUUCACCAACACGGCCCCUCUUGCUCAGAUCACUCGAAAACUCGGUCUGGGCAUCUACGGUGACAGCAACAGCGAGUCAGAGGAAGAACAGGAUACCCUUCCACCGGAGGAAAAUGAUAGUGACAACGAGCUCAAGGAAACAUUGAAAAGAAGACAGGCAGCUUUUAAGAAGACCGAAGAGGAAAUCGAGGCUCGCAUCCUCGAGGAAGAGGAGAAUGAGCAACAGGAAGACGAGGAGUCACACAAAUAUGAUAAUAACACGAACGAUACGCCUUUGGAUAAUGCUGAGGGGCAAGAGCUGCCAAUCUCCAGGGAAUCAUCUCCCAGUUCAUCGAGCGGUGGACAAACCCCAAAGCACCAGCAGUCAUCAGAUCCCCGAGACAAUCACAAAUCAAGAAGCCCCAGUUCACCCUCGAGGUCCCCAGAAUCCUGCAGCAGCAGCUCCUCUCCCAGUUCUUCCUCCAGCUCCUCUCCCUCCUCAGAAUCCAGCAGAGACGUGAAAAAACGUCGCAAAAGGAAAUCAAAAUCUCGUAGUCGUAGUCCAUCUCGGGGUCGAAAAUCUCGAUCACGCAGUCGUUCUCGUGAUAACAGGCGCAAGGACUACAGAUCCAGAUCCUCCAGUCGUAAAUCCAGUCUGAAACUCUCUCGCGAUAGAAAACGACGGAGUAGAGAGGACAGAUCACGAUCUAGAUCACGCAGACGCUCUCGUUCAUACUCCAGAAGACGCAGCAGGGAGAGACGACACUCUAGGUCACGUUCGAGGAACAGGAAGCAUUAUGGUCGCUCAUCAAAACGUCGGAGCAGAUCAAAAUCGAAGGAGAGAAGGAGAUCAAGAUCAAAGUCUAGGGGUCAUCGUGAUGGUAAGAAGUCAUCGCGACGAUACAGGGAUUGAUAUGCUGGAGAAAGAGCAGAAUACAAGGCUUCCGGUUUACGGAUUCAACAGCAUCUAUGGUAUAAUAACGGUUAUUUACGAAUUCUAGUGGUAAUUAUGAUAAGACCGAGGAUGGAGUGAGUGGAUGAUUUUGACUCUGAAUGUGAUCCUGCUUUUUCUCUCGUGUUUUAUUUUUUCUCUCUUUUUUUUUUUACUUAUGAUGAAAUCCAGUCGUGUGAGAGAGUCUGAAUG